CGAUGACUGCCACUCUCCGCCCCUAUCUGAGUGCCGUGCGGGCCACACUGCAGGCUGCCCUCUGUCUGGAGAGCUCCUCCCAGGUUGUGGAACGACACGACCAGCCGGAAGUGGAAGCCAGGAGUAGCAAAGAACUCCUGUUACAACCCGUGACCAUCAGCAGGCAUGAGAAGGAAAAGGUUCUGAUUGAGGGCUCCAUCAACUCGGUCCGGGUCAGCGUUGCUGUGGAACAGGCUGAUGAGAUCGAGAAGAUUUUAUGCCACAAAUUCAUGCGCUUCCUGAUGAUGGGAGCAGAAAACGUCUUCAUCCUUCGAAGGAAGUCUGUGGAGGGGUAUGACGUCAGCUUUCUGAUCACCAGCGUCCACACAGAGCAGAUGUACAAACACAAGUUGGUGGACUUUGCGAUCCCCUUCAUGGAGGAGAUUGACACGGAGAUCAGUGAGAUGAAGCUGUCAGUCCAUGCCCGUGCCCGCAUUGUGGCUGAGGAGUUCCUUAAUUUUUAA